CUACCCACAAUGCAGCGCGGUUUCUCAUACAACAUAGCCAUCUUGUCAAGAGUGACUGAGAGAGCAAGGCAACUGUGGCCGCUGCUUAGAUUCACAUUUUGUUUUAAAGCUGGAAUUUAAAAGUCUUUUCCUCUCUCGCUUGCCGUUUUCUUCAACGUAGGUGUCCCCACCGAAUGACUUUACGCCGGUGAGGUGAGUGGAUACGAAGGACUCCUUCCUGGAAGAUGUCUCGCAUACUUGUUCCGACGUAGGGGGCUGUGCGGCAGCCAGUUGGGCUCGACUUGCUAGCUAGCUCGAAGAAAGAGUGCUGCGGGCCCACCCCAGCCGAAAGUAGGUCCCGCCGCUGGGCGAUACACUCCUGUGACAACCGCCGUUAGACAACCGCACAGCCGGGACGUUCGUUGGCCGAUCCGUACCGACGGAAAGCUCCGGAUCGAGCGCCCCGCGGGCUGCUGGUUAUCGGUGUGUCGAGCCGCAUUGCCGGACUGGACGACACGACGCGUUGCGUUAUGGGCUCGUGAGACGCAACAGGAGACCGAGAGAGGAAGAGAGAUGGCGUAGAUUCAAAUUUGGUUAAACUUAUCGUUCGCUAGGACGUGUAAAAUAAACGCAAGCUGGCUGUUUAAUGCGAUCUACGCAAAUAGAAGCUGGAUCCAGCUCUUUCUUUGACGAAGGAGGAUAAACGUAGCCGUACCGGACUUGGAAUCAGGCUGUCAAAUAUGUCGAAAAUGCCGGCCAAGAAAAAGAGCUGUUUUCAGAUCACAAGUGUGACUCAGGCUCAGCUGGGGCCUCCGGGGGCCGUCGACGACACGGAGAGUCUGGAGGACCCCGACGAGUCUCUGGCUGGAGACGUGUCGUCGGAGAUAUACGACAUGUCGCGGGCAGAGUACGAGCCUGCGUGCGGCAGGAGUUCCUCCGAAGAAGCCCUGAAUAAUGCCGCGGAGCCCGAGGCGCUCGGGGUUCUGGCGCCACCACACAUACCUCAAGCCGGCCAGUCGGGCAACCUCGUCGGGGACUUUCGGCCGGGGGGAGCGUCGGCGAUCGGCCCACGGGCCUCAGGCGGUGUGUCCGUGAACGCGUCGCCGGCCAGUUCGGCGGCCUCACCCGCCCCCUCCACGGUGAGCUACACCUCGCGCUUCAGGGUCAUCAAACUCGACCAUGGUACCGGAGAACCCUUUCGAAGGGGCAGGUGGACUUGUACAGAAUUUUACGAUAAGGACUCCGAUAACUCUAGGACUGCAGAUGGCAUUAGGCAUGCCGGUGCAACAACACUGGACCCUGCUGCGGACCGAGACAGUGGGCUCGGGCACACGGGAGGCUCCGCAGUUGCCCCAGCAACUCACUCAGGUCAGGGCUCCGGGGCGGAUGCUUCGCUCUCCUCUUCCCGCAUGCAUUCAGUGGAGAUGCAGCAGCAGCAGCCGCCACAAAUCCACCAUCAAAACUACACCGCUUUCACCAGCGGUAUCCAGCCUUCCGGCCCCCAGAGCGCGUUGCCCGUCGGACAGAACGGCCUGCCUCAAGCGGUUGCCCUCAUGCCUCCUUCGGCCCAGCCUGCUGCUUACCCUACGCAGCAGCACGCGAUGAGCCACCACCUGACCAGACAGUCCUCUGGAAUGCUACAGAACCAUACAGAGUACUAUCAGCAGCAGCAGCAUCCCACUGGCCAGUCCAUCCCAGCGUCCAGCGUCUCGACGGGGCCGCAGCCUGUGGGACAGGGGCACCCUCCGGUCUUGCUUCCAGCCACCGGAGUCUCCUCUGUGCCGAGUCUCGCGGGAGAUGUCGCAGGAGAUGUAACUACCGGGCAGCCGUCUCCCGGCCUCUUGCCGCAGCAGACCGGAGGAAUGGGGGCCACUGAGGCCUCCGUGCCGGUCGGUGGAUCCGCUUUGCAGCAGCAGAUUGUGAGUCAGUACACGGCCGCCGGGCAGCCUCAACCCCACGGCCUGCACCCUACGUCCUCCGGAGUACAAAACGUGCCUGGCGUCGCGGUGAACUCCAGUGCCUCCAGUGCAGCCUUGCCAAAUGUGACAACUUCAAGUUUGCCUCCAGGUCAGGCGCCCCAAAGCAGGACUCUCAUGGCUUUAGGGAUGCAGGGCCUCCCAGCAACUGUAUUUGGAAAUGUGGAGGGAGGCGGCGGCGGCGGGAAGUUUGAGGGACUCGUCGAUGCACAUUCUCCUCUUGUCUCUGGGAAGGAACCGAUGAAGCCCUUCAUGCCCGAGAGCCUGCACCUCGCCACUCCCACUGUCAACAGCUUGUUUGGAAUCCACAUACCUGUCGACGGGGACGCGGACAGGAACCCCUCCAAGGCUUUCUACCAGGCCUUCCAGUCUGGCAGCAGAAUAAGGGACUCAAAGGCCCACAGUGAUAGGGCGUCUGGAUCCAAUGUUGCUGCCAUUGAUAAUAAGAUUGAACAGGCAAUGGACCUGGUGAAGAGCCAUCUGAUGUAUGCGGUGCGCGAGGAGGUGGAGGUCUUAAAGGAGCAGAUCAAGGAGCUGUUUGAGAGGAACUCUGUGCUGGAGAGGGAGAACGCUGUGUUGAAAUCUCUCGCCAACAGCGAGCAGCUGUCUCAGCUGCCCGCCCAGUCGGCCGCCAGCUCCGGCACCUCGCCCCCCCAGCAAGGACUUGGCCAGCCUCAGCUUCAACUUCAGCCUCAGCUACAGGCCCAGCCGCCGCAUCAACUUCAGCCUCCGCUUCAACUUCAACUACAGGCCCAGCCGCUUCAGCUUCAACUUCAGCCUCAGCUACAGGCCCAGCCCCCGCUUCAGCCUCAGCUACAGACCCAGCCCCUGCUUCAGCCUCAGCUACAGGCCCAGCCCCCGCCUCAGCCUCAGCCUCAGCUACAGGCCCAGCCGCCGCUUCAGCUCCAGCCUCAGCUACAGGCCCAGCCCCCGCCUCAGCCUCAGCCUCAGCUACAGGCCCAGCCGCCGCUUCAGCUCCAGCCUCAGCUACAGGCCCAGCCCCCGCUUCAGCCUCAGCCUCAGCUACAGGCCCAGCCGCCGCUUCAGCUCCAGCCUCCGCUACAGGCCCAGCCGCCGCUUCAGCUCCAGCCUCAGCUACAGGCCCAGCCGCCGCUUCAGCUCCAGCAGCAUCCCCAGACUCCGCUCGAUCCCAGCCAACAACAAAUGCAACCCAACGUCACCUCCGCUUGAAGUGCAUCUGCCCGGCUUGGCAUAUGGCAGAAAAAGAAGAAGAAAAAAAACCCAUCAGCUUCUCUACAAUUUAUUACAAAUAGUCUAUGUGAAAUUAAACGUGUCUUCUUAGCCACCAGCUUGACCGCACAGUACAGUCUGUGUGUGUGUGCGCGUGUGUGUGCAUGUAUGCGUGUGUGUCAGAGUGAGUUAGCAAGUAAGUGUGAGUUGGUGUUGGAGUGGCUGUGUGUAUGCGUCCUGUACUGUGGGCCUUUCCAGUGUUAAUGCAAUCAUCAAGAGCGAGACUGACUGGGACAGAGACCGUGUGUGAGGGGAAGAAGCGUCGGGGAAGGUCGGGCUGUUUGUUUUCAUCUUGGCUGUGUUCCCGGAGCGGCUUACUGCUGCGUCCGAGCUCGUGGACAGGAUGUCUUUUUCUUGGACCAGGCCGAGCCGGACGGGUUCACGACCUGACCCCCAGACCCGCUCAAACCCGAGGGUGUCAUUGGGAGGGAGGGGCUUCGGCUCACAUGAGGGGCAAAGGCAGUGAUUGUCAAAAAAGCGAUGAUUAUUUUGAAAGGAGAUAAUUGAGUGGGUAAGGGGGGUUAUUUGUUAGCCUUGCUGUUUCAUGUUGUAAAGUAAGUGGGAGAAAGUCUGAUUUUCAGAGCGCCACACUGCUGCCGUUACGUUGUAAUCAACUCCAACUCUUCAUCAGUCUUUUGAGUUCUACUGUCGAGUGUUUUAUUUAUUACCGGGCUGCUAUUCUCAUAAAUGAACAAUUUCACAGAACCAGUCUAAUCGGAGCCCAGUGGCUUGUUUCCUCUCCUACAGUGUUUCAACAGAUUCGUCAUACGUCCCAAGAGCAACGCUUGUUGUUAAACUAGAACCCAUCAAAUCUGACCUGCUCAACACUAACUCAAACUAUACGCUGCAAUUGCCAAUUCAUGAGUCAAAAUCCAGUAUGAAUGUACUUUUUUUCCUUUGUAUUAUAUAAAGUAUUAAGAGCCUUGAUGGGCGACAUGUCGCCCGUCGACAUCAAAUCUUAAUGUGAGCCUACAGAAUUUAUUUGAAGAUUAAAUUCUGGUGGUAGUUUUACCUAAAAGUGAAUUAGUAUUGCCAUCACCUCCCUUUUUAUUUUUCUUUUCUCCCACUGUUAUUCCUGAGGGGGAAUUGGGAAGGAAAAGCUGUGAAAUCAUUCAAGCUACUUUGUAACCAAAGAUGCAAAGUUGUGUAAAUUGAUCAUUUUUAAAUGCACACAUGUAUUUUCUUUGUUUUGUUACUUCCUUCACAAUAUUUUGUUGCUGUUCUGCAUGAUCUAAUCUUCAAACCACUUUCUUACCUCAUUUUUAUUCAGCACUCUUAUUGUAAGAUAGUCUGUGAACAGUGUAAAUGGGGUGAAAUGAUGAGACGCAGAGAAAAAUAACCUAGUGUUACUGACACUAGUCCCAGAAAAAUGAAGUGAGCCAUGUUUGUUCAUUAAAUGGUGUUUGAAUUUCAUAUGCCAAUAGUUUUGUUACAUUGCAAAUUUUAAUGUAUUUAAAUAAAAGCAAUAUCCAGA